AUGGCAAGUAAGCAAUCGGAUCAACACUCUUCAAAAAUUGGGAUUUAUCCAGUUAAUGUGGACGGUGGUUACAAUGGUGCCCCUGGUUGUGGUUUGGGUUGUUCCCAACAACAUGGUUUAGGUUAUUGUCCAGCAUUUAAGAAGAUGAAAGUGAAGGAAAAGUGGGAAGUGGUGAUUCAGUCCAAGAGAUGCAAAAAAUGUCUGCGAAUUGGACACCGACACCAACAGUGUUCGCGAAAGGCAUGUGAUAUCAACAGUUGUGGAAGACCACAUCAUUACUUAUUGCAUAAAGAUCCGAAACAAAUGGACAAUGGCAAUCUGAACCCUGAUGCACAACCAUUCAAACCAGACCAAUCAGGUUGGUGCUAUUUCAGCUGGUAAUGCAGGAACUGCAAAUGUACCAACUCAAAAGGUCAAAGUGCACAGUGCCAAUGGGAACUCUAUUGAGGGACUUGCCAUGGUUGAUAGUGGUUCUAAUAAGAGUCUCAUUCGGAAAGAGUUUGCGGACAAGCUCGGUUUGGUCGGAGAAACAAAAAAGAUGAAGAUGUAUGUUGCAGGCGGUGGAAUUAAAGUUGAAGAUUCUGCUGAGUUUGAUUUAAAGAUAUCGCCAUGUUAUGAUGAAGAUAUUGUAUUCAAUGUGAGAGCUUAUUCAGUCAAGCAACCGUGCCAAGUAGCCAAAACUAUUUCAAAGAAAGCGGUAGUCAGAUUUCCUCACCUUGUUCGAAUUGUAGAAGAUCUACAUUUAAAUGGCGGUCCAGUGGACAUUCUAUUGGUAACAGAUCUACCGGAAGCCCAUCGUGAUUUUAAAGUUCUGGGGCCGGUUGUACGAAGGCCGGAUAGCGCUAUCCACCGGAUAGUGACUUUUUCAACCUUUGUAAAAUGCUUGAAAAACUGUGAAACAACGGAUAUAGACGACAAAAGAAGUAUAAAAAACAUUUAAUUUAUAAAUAGUAAACUUUAAUACGAGUUAUACCAAUCAACGAUUGAUUUAACAAAGCUUGAAAAAUCUCUAUCCGGUGGAUAGCGCUAUCUGGCCUUCGUACAACCGGCCCCUGGCGGGUAACCCUGGUGAACCGAUUGCAAAGAAGAACAUCUUUGGCUGGUCAGGCUUUUGUAAUCUUGAAGAGAAUAGUACACCUGGAAUUUUUGCUGUCGAAACCAGGACAUAAAGAAAUUGAUUUUCCAAUUGAAAAAUUGAAGUUCCUGUACAUGCUCUGAGAAGGAAAUGAGAGAAUGUGCAUUCAUUCGACAUGUUCGGGAGUCUACUAGAGUUUUGGAUGAUAAUUGAAGUAAGAAUGCCUUGGAAACCAGGACAUCCCAAUCUACCUAACAACCGGUCUGUCGCCUUCGAACGAAUGGUGUCGAAAGAAAGGCAGCUGGUAAAGAAAGGAAAGUUGGAGGUGUUUAACAAGGAAGUAAAAGCUUUGGUCGACAGGGAAGUGGUCAUUAAGCUGAAACAAGAGGAAGUAGACCCAGAGGAGCCGGCUUGGUAUCUACCGAUUGGGGAAGUGGAAAGUCCCGACAAGACGACCAAGUGCAGAUUAGUUUUCGAUGCAGCAGCCAAAAUGGACGGACUUUCCCUCGAUGAUGCUCUUGAAAAAGGACCAUGUCUUAUGAAUUCCUUAUUUGAUGUGUUGAUCGGCUGGAGACAGAAUGGAGUCGCCUUUGCUGGAGACGACUCGAAGAUGUUUAAUGAGAUAGCUGUCCAUCCGGAUGAUCAGAAAUACCACAUAUUCUUGUGGAGAGACGGAGAAACUGACAGAGAGCCUGCCAUGAAUCUUCUCGAUCGCUGAUAGAGCUCAAGUCAAAUCACCAGAAGCAGCAAGAAUCCUAAAGGAUAAUACUUAUGUUGAUGACGUCGCGGGGUCGGAGACAUCACCAGAGAAAGUCAAGAAAGUGGUCGAUGGUAUCGAUACCAUUUUGGGCAAAGGCAAGUUUGCCAUCAAAGCGUGGCACAGCAACAGCCCAGAGAUUGAUCAAGAUGGCAACGAGAAUCCGGUGAGUCUACUGGGUCAUCAAUGAAAUAAGAAAGCUGAUAGCAUUGCUUUGAAGAGCGAGACAGUGUAUACAGAUCUCAGUUAUUGUACGAAACGAAAGUAGUCAGGCAGAUAGAGGACCAAAAUAAUGGAAAACUUACCAUAUCGUGGGACAAUUCCAUUUUGUCUUCAUAUUGUGCCCUGAAGGCUAAUAAGUAUGUUUCUGUAUGUUGGCCGCGUUAAAAUUUCUUGUGGGCUCCUGCCAACACGUUUUUCUUCGAAGUUUGUAUUAAACUUUAUUACAGUUAAAAAAUGUGACAUUUCUGAUACAUUUCUAAUACAAAUGACUUGCAUCAAUAGAAAGCUAACAAAAAACUACAUAUGAAACAUUUAAAUGGUUAGUUGGGAUUUUCAAGCGGUUUUCGAGUUAUUGCCGUUUCAAACUGGAAAAAUAAGCAAAAAUCUCGCAAAAUUCCUGGGUACUAGUCUGAAAACACGCAUUCAACAGCUCAUAACUCAAGAAGAACUUAAAAACCAGGGUAGCCGUUUAAAUGUGUUAUAUGUAGUUUUUUGCAAGCUUCCAAAUGAUGUAAGUCAUUUGUGUUAGAAAUGUAUUUGAAAUUUCAGAUUUUUUAACUGUAAUAGAGUUCAAUACAACAUUCGAAGAAAAACGUGUCGGCAGGAGCCCACAAGAAAUUUCAACACGGCCAACAUACAGAAACGCACUAAUUAGCCUUCAGGGCACAAUAUGAAGGCAAAAUGGAAUUGUCCCACGAUAACGUAAGUUUUUUCUUUCUAUCUGCCCGACUAAAUGCUCUUGGUGCGGUGUCUCAACUGUGGGAUCCGUUAGGACUGAUGGCGCCAGUUACAAUUCGGUUUCGAAUUGAUCUCCAGAAUCUAUGGGCCGCUGGUUAUCAGUGGGAUGAGUUAUGGCCACCUGAAGAAAAGUUCAAAUGGCAAAAAAAUGUCGCGAUUAUGAACGCCCUUCUAGGUACCCACCUGGAAAGGUGCCUAAAGCCUGAAACCUCGGUGGGAAGUCCACAGCUCCAUGGAUUCUCAGAUGCGGGAGAAUUAGGAUAUGGACCGUGGUGCCCUCUUCCUUUGGUGGGAAUUGGCGUUGGUGGAAGACGUAUUUCCUGGUGA